GCUGGCGGGCCUGGAUCGCGGCGGCGACGGCGGCAUGAGGCCCCAGGGGGACCGGUCGGUGCUGGGCAGCCCCGCGGUGGACGUGGCGUUCCCGGGAGCCGUGUGCCGGGGCAGCGGCCACCGCUUCGCCUGCGAGCUCCUGAAGCACGUCCUGCACCAGCGGAACCAGCUGCCGCUGCCCUACGAGCAGCUCGCGUACUUCUGCCGGCGGGCGGCCCAGGAUGGAGAUAGAAUCGGGAAGCCACUCUCCCUGGGUUUGGCUAGCAGAAAGUGCCAGCAGCUGCUGAUGGAACUGGAGGGAUUGUUCCAGCACCUGGAAGUCAUGUUUAGUCUGACGCUGGUUCCUCGGGUUCUUUUCCUACUUGGCGGCAACGUCAUGAACCCCAAGGAGCUCUAUGAGCUGAACUUGGAAGGGUUCUGCGAGGGCGCUGCUGAAGAGAGCCUCCAGACUGCGCCCUGUGUUCGCCAGCUCUUUCACCAACUCUUUGUGGCUGAUGUCUUCAGCGAACUUAAGGCUCUCCCUGUCACAGGCACUCUUGUCCUGGUGCAGGGACACCGUGACUGUGGUGUUGAGUGGUUCCGGCCCAAGCUCAACUACCAAGUGCCGACCCGAGGGAGGAAGCUGACUGUCAAGUUGUCCUGUGAUGGAGACCUCCAUGUUAGUGCCUCACCUCCACAGCACACUGCACCUGCAUGGGAGGACUAUGUCUGGUUCCAAGCACCAGUGACCCUCAAAGGCAUUAGUGAAUGAAUGCUUUCCAUGGAAAUUUAGUGGAAUA